AUGAAGGUUUCCACAAUCCUGGCGGGAGCCAGUCUCUGGGUCGCUUCUUUGACUCCAACAUCGGCCGGCCUCGUUCCUCGCGCUGAUACAUUCAACAAUCCCAUCAUCUACUCUGACUUUCCCGACAAUGAUGUCUUCUUGGGCCCCGACAACAACUAUUACUUCUCCGCUUCCAACUUCCACUACAGCCCUGGAGCGCCGAUCCUACGAUCAAAGGAUUUGCUGAAUUGGGACCUUAUUGGCCAUUCCAUCCCUCGCCUCACUUUUGGCGAUGGUUAUGACCUGACUGGAAGCCAGCGAAGCUACCGCGGCGGAACAUGGGCUUCAUCGAUGCGCUACAGAAAGAGUAAUGGUCUCUGGUACUGGAUUGGAUGUGUCAACUUUUACCACACUUGGGUAUUCACGGCAUCAUCGCCUGAAGGGCCCUGGACUAACCGUGGUAAUCUCGGUGAUGGAAACUGCCACUACGAUAAUGGUAUCUUGAUUGACGAUGAUGACACUAUGUAUAUCGUGUCGGGAUCCGCAGAUGUCCGCGUCGCUCAAUUGUCCAAGGAUGGGUUCAGUCAAGUCAAAUCGCAAGGUGUUUUUAGCAAAGCCGACAUUGGUAAGGAAGACCUCGAGGGUAAUCGCAUGUACAAGAUUAAUGGUCUCUACUACGUCCUGAACGACAGCCCAAGCGGUAGCCAGACCUGGAUCUGGAAGUCCAAGAGUCCCUGGGGUCCUUACGAAAAGAAGCUCCUUGCCGACAAGGUCACACCUCCCCUCAAUGGCGGCAAUUCACCUCACCAAGGCAGUCUCAUCAAGACUCCCAAGGGUGAUUGGUACUUCAUGUCCUUCACUUGGGCCUACCCUGCUGGACGUCUCCCAGUACUGGCACCUGUUACUUGGGGCAGUGAUGGCUUUCCCAUUCUCACCAAGGGUAACAAUGGCGGCUGGGGAUCUUCAUACCCAACCUUGCCCGGCACAUCAGGCGUGACAAAGAACUGGGCGCGAACUGAUACUUUCUCCGGCACAUCUCUUGGCCCUUCAUGGGAAUGGAACCACAACCCCGACACGAACUCCUUCACUGUCAAUAACGGUUUAACUCUUCGCACAGCGACAGUGACCAAGGAUAUCUACCAAGCUCGAAACACUCUUACUCACAGGACCCACGGCAACCGCCCCGUCGGAACUGUCAAAAUUGACUUCUCCAAGAUGAAAGACGGAGACCGUGCAGGUCUCUCGGCUUUCCGUGAUCAAAGCGCCUACAUUGGCAUUCACCGCACAAACGGGCAAUUCACACUCGCUACGAAGCAUGGAAUGAACAUGGACGAAUGGAAUGGCGCGACAACUAGCAUGGGUGACGUAAAGGCCACUGCUGCUGUGCCUUCAGGAAGGACCGCUGUUUGGUUGAAGAUCCAAAUGGACACUGAUCCUGCGGGAACUGGAAACACUGUCUUUUCAUUUAGCUGGGAUGGAUCCAAGUACGAGACACUUGGCCCCAACUUCAAGCUUUACAAUGGCUGGGCAUUCUUCAUUGCCUAUCGCUUCGGCAUCUUCAACUAUGCUGAGAGCUCUUUGGGUGGAUCGAUCAAAGUGGAAUCUUUCAGCGCGGCAUAG